AUGGCCACCCUCCUCCUCACUCCUUCCUGUCUUCUCCUCCUUCUCAGAGGCAAGAGGGUCGGCGAUUGCUUCCGCAUGUGCGAAAAGAAGCAGAGGCGGCCCGCUAGUCCGCUUGCCUACCACAGCCUGCUCAUCCACACUAGCCGUCACAUCACGCACACACACACGCACACACACGCUGCAAUGUCGGUAUCGCCCUUGCGGCGCUGGUGCGCCAAAUCGAGUGCCAGCUCGCACAGUUCCUCCACCGCCUCCUCGCGCUCCAACAGUUUGGAUCCGACAACACCGCUCUUGGCCACGGGAUCGCUCCCCGAUUUGGUGGCCGCCCUGUCCCUGACCUGCAACGAGGGCGUCGACUUCCACGAUCCGGAUACUUGCGGUAUCGGCAGAACUCGCCAAGGCAGCUUGCGCCGGCGCGCUAGCGACAACGCUGACGACUAUCGCGCCCGCCACGACGACAGCAGCCUCAACACUCGCAGCCACAGCCACAGCCACAGCCAGUGUCUGUCCAUUUUAUCCCACGCAUGCUCAGAUCAGGAAGAAGACCUUGACCGGGCGAGCUGUGAUAGUGGUCUUGGACAGUGCUACCCCGUUUCCACCCCUACCUCGCAACGACCCUCCUUAAGCAACGCGCUUGCUGCCAAACCCAGCGGGGGCAUAUCCGAUUCCAGCCAAGCGGAGGAGGUGUUGUCUGAGGAUCAGACCGGCUCCCAUCGCACCUCUACGUUUGCCCCUGCUGCCAGCGCUCCGCCUUGGCCCUCAUCGCCUGCCUUGGUGGAUACUUCUGUCCCUGACCCCCUCGUAUCCACCGACACUCAAGCCGUUGAUUACGCGACCCAGGUGGUCCCGGCCUUGGGCAUCUACUCGCGCCACCCCAGCCUCGUUGCCAAUCGCGAUGAUUCGCCGCGUGCCUCGCUGAUUGCCAACCCAUUUAUCAUGAAUGGUACCCCGCUUCUAGCCCCCGUGGCUAACCUUGCUACCCGCCCAACGAUGGCCUCGCCUCACUCCGCCCCCGCAUCCGCACCCGGAUCUGGGCAACCAAACACGGGCCACACGAUGACAAAGCAAGCACCAUCGCCGCCGGCCGCUACCAUUUCCCCGGAGGAGCGACUGGCUCGAGCUCGGCGCCAUCGCGAUGCCGCCUCCCGGGCCACACUGGCCGGCCGCUGGGCCGAAGCGGAAGCAGCUUGGCGCGACGCCUACAAGCUUUUUUCUGGCUUGCCCGAUCGCAGCGAGACCUUGUUACACAUUCGCGUGGAACUGGCCAAGGCUCUCAUUCAACAGAAAAAAAUUAACAACGCCAUCUUUGAGCUGCGCCAAACCAGAGCUUUGGCCAAGAACACGGUCGGCUCAGCGGACGAGCGCUACCGCCUUUGCCUUCUGCACUUGGCCCAAGCCCAUCACUGUGCCUUCACAUCUCGACACGGUGAUGUCACACACGCCCUCCGUGCCGUGUCGCUCCUUUCCGAGUAUACCAGUGCACGCAUCGAACCAGCAACCCGUACGCCUGCCCAAUGCCAGGAAAUGGCCCAAGCCUACCUCUUGAUGGCUCAUUUGCACCGGCUUCUAAGUGAUGCCCGCGAGGAGCGGCGCGCGUUACGGCACGCGCUGGAAAACGUGGUGCAAUCCCCCCUCCGCCGCGACGAGAAACUUUUGCACACCAUCCAGUCACGCCUGCGCAAACUCAGCCAACCCCUGGUGCCAACUUCGGGUGGGCAAGACGCGGUGAGCGUGUGCAGCGCCGAAAGUCAUGGCAGCCACAGUAGCCGUGGGAGUCGCGGUAGUGCGGGCAAAGUUUUCGAUCAAUGCACGGUAUGCUUGGACCAGGCCCCGCAAGUUCGCUUCAACCCGUGUGGUCAUGCCUGUGCCUGUCACACCUGCGCCAAGCAGCUAUACCAAUGCCCACUCUGCCGAGCAGACGUCUUUGAGCGGAAAACCCUUCGCCAGCAAAGCCGCGCCACUUUAAGCAAGCCGCUUUCUUAG